AUGCCUCAAUACACAUCCCGCGAUGUCGGCGAUCCGUCGCAGAUCAAGAAGAACAAGCAGAGCAUGGCCGACCUUAAGCUUCGCCGGCUGACAGAGCUCAACUCACGGCUGCGCGAGGACCUUGACCGGGAACGCAUUCCCGUGAGCCAGGCUGCCAAGAGCAUUAUUGCCUAUUGCAACAGCACCAGGGACUUCAUGGUGCCCAGCGUUUGGGGCACAGUGCCGAAAGGAGAGGACCCCUACGCGCCACAACAGAGCGGCGGGUGCUGUAUAGUCAUGUAG